AUGGUCCAUUCGUUGGAGUUGGAAUUAGUGUCACCAAUUCCAAGAGCACCGGUUCGUGGUGAUACUUUUGCGCUUUCCGUUAUGGCUUUCGAGGAUUUGAAUGGCGACACGAAAUACCAACCAGGUGAACCACCCGUUCCCGGUGUUUUUAUUUAUCCAAGCAUGAAUGCUACACACGUCGAUCUCUAUGGUAACCAAAUUCCCAAUGUCACUCUCUCUGCCAACGGUACCUACAUCUACGAUAUGCUUGGUGAUGUCAGAUUGUACGUUUUCAAUUUCGUCAGUCAACCAGGUUGGCUGUUCCGUUCGUAUCCAAAGACGGUAGAAACCCAGAUCCAAUUCAUCCAGCAACCGGACGCCCUCAAAGCGAAUUUCUUGCUAACUCCCGAUUCGUUCCAUGCACCGAUGUACCGUGCCGACACCCAACUGCCAACCACUCUCAGUUUGCAGUUGAACAUCACCACCCCCGAUCCAGUCAAUCCGACCACCCAGACAGGCGCACAAAAAACAACCGCUCAGUUUGCCACUGCCAGUUCGUCAACUGCCUGGGGUGGAAGCGACAACCCAAAAAUGGCCAUCUACGGUUGGUACUACUACGAUGUCAACAACAACGGAAUCUGGGACAGCGGAGAAAUCGGUGUACCCAACGUACAGACCUACAUCGUCGACUGGACUGGACUCAAUCCAACCGGUCAGAACAGCACCCCAGUUGCUACACCCACUCAAUCGACUGGUAACGGUCGUUUCCACUUUGACAACUUGAAGCCAAACUACUACUACCAAAUCAUUGCUUCCAACCCGGCUGGCUACACUUUCGGUAAGCUCAACACUGAUUUCGUAUGUGAUCUCAACAAACCAUAUCCACCACUCAGCGCCAACUACGCAGUUACACUCGAUGGUUUCGUCUACCACGACAAGAACAACGAUGGUUUCCACCAGGGAGGUUAUGAAUUCGGUGUUCCAGGUGCCAUGGCCAGCAUUAUCGAUGUCGCCACCAACAAAACACCGGUCAUUGGUUUCUCAGGCUCCGCCGUCGCUCCAAACCCAACACCAUCCAGUGCUUUCGGUUGGUACCGUUUCGACGAUCUCAUUCCAUAUCACACCUACCGCAUUCGUUUGACCAACCCCGCCGGUUAUAGAUUCGGUAAGAUCUACCCAGAUUACUCGUGCAACGGUUGUGUCCAUCGUCCAACUCAAUACGAUCAACCGAUCAAAGGAAAAUACAUCAUAACACUACCGAUUUUCAAAACACCGCUCAUCAAAUCCGAAGGUUAUCCCGCCGGUAUGGAUGAGAUGGACUUUUACUUCUACGUGCCACCCAUCGAAGGACAAGACAGCAAUCCAGUGACACUCUAUCCAACUGCCACUGUCAAGCCAAGUGGUGCCAGUUCCAACUCGGCCACUCUCAUUCCAACCUCUGCUACCGCCACUCAAACCGGUGAUCCAACUAACAACCCAACCAACAAACCAACCGUCACUCCAACCACCGAUAUGACCAACUACCAAACUACCAACCCAAGUUCUGGACAAGUCACCAAUGUUCCAACUGGUGAUUUGACAUAUAUCUUAACUUCUACAAACACCUCGGUUUCUCCAAGUACCAACUCCACUACCUCUCCACCAAUAAAGGACAGCGGUGCUUUCACUACCAAUUUGUUUGUUGAUGGCAAUGGUAAUGGUAUUAAAGAUAACAAUGAGAAACCAAUUCCAAAUACAGUUGUGUAUUUGUUGGAUGGCAGUGGUAAACCGGUUCUAGAUAAGGAUGGUAAACCAGUGCAAUCAAUCUCUGAUGAAAACGGAAAAGUUACAUUCCAAAAUGUUCCAAACAACCAACCAUACUAUCUCUACAUCAAGCCAGUUCCAAAUGGAUUGGUUGAUCCAGGUCCCAUCGGUCCAAUCAGAAUUCCAAUCGAUGGAUUGACAAGACCAUCGGUUCCUGGUGACAAUGUUGUCAAUCCAACCAUCACUCCACUCGGUGACUAUGGUUUGUUCCCAGCCGGACCAAACGACGGAAAGGGUGAUGUCGGUGGAACCGUCUUUUACGAUCCAAACUUCAACAGUCUACAAGACAAUGGAGAACCAGGAAUCUCUGGUCUUCAAGUCAUCGUUUACUCUCCAGUCUAUGGAUAUCCAAUUGGAUCGGCCAUCACCGACGCCAACGGAAAAUGGAAGAUUCCAGGUCUCAACCCCAAUAUCCCAUACCGUAUUGAGUAUGUUGUUCCAGAUUACUUGGUAUCGACCGGUGCCGCUUUGGUUAGAUUCGUCAGAGGUGGUGAUAGCAGCUUGUCUCUUGGUUUGGUAUAUUACAACCAGACCGGUUCCGAUAAGGGUAACAACUACCCCAAGUCAUUCGCCACAACAUGCUUUGUCAAGGGUGCCAACAACGGUCCAUACAGAGAUCACACUACCGUCGUUGCAUUCUACAGUAACGCCGUUGGAAAAGGAUACGAAGCCGAAGGUUCACAGUAUAUCUACAAGAUGGCUACCCACGGACAAGUCGGUGCCGUCAACGGUAUCGCCUACGACCCCAAGACUGGUGACACUUUUGUUUCCGCCUACCACAAGACUGGUAGUGAUAUCGGUCCAUAUGGAACCGGUGCUAUCUACAAGAUCAACAGUAAGCUCGGUAUCACUGUAUACGCCAAUUUGAAUGCACUCUACGGUACUCAAUACUGUGGUCCAUACACCCAUUCCUUCGAUUACCGUGAGCGUGAUGUUGCCGGUCCAUGGGUCGGAAAGAUUGCUUUCGGUGAAAUGAUUGCUACCAACGAUUAUCUCUACGUAACCAACUUGUUUAGAAACGAUAUCGUCUCGAUUCCACUCCGUCAAACACCAACUGCUACCAACGUUGUCGCCAUCAACGUACCCAAUCCAGGAUGUAGCGCUCCAAACGACUGGCAUAUCUUCCCAGUUACCGUCUACCAAAACGAUUUGUACACUGGUGGUGUCUGUGCUGGUGAACUUGGAUCGACUCUCUCCACCUACAUUCUCAAGUAUGACCGUGCCAACAAGAAGUUUAUCAAUGUCCUAUCGUUCACUAUGAACUACGCUCGUGGUUGCCGUUACAUGGAUAACUUUGCCAACUGUGUCGGUUCACAAUGGACUCGUUGGACUGUUACCGAUACCGCCCAGCCAAUGCUCACCUCCAUUAUCUUUGAUGAUUUGGGUCACUUGGUUAUGGGAUUCAAGGAUCGUUCCGGAGAUAUCGGUUCCACAGUCUCUGCUCCAGAUAUGUUGGUCGCCUGUCUCUCACCGACCGGUUACUACUUCCUCGAGAACAAUGGUGUCUGCGGUGGUUACCUCGGAUCCAGUCCAAAUCAAAAGUCACUCUCUGGACUCUACUUUGGUCCAGGUGGUGGUCAGUACUUUGACGUCAAGAAGCCAGGUAUCCACGACUACAUCUCGUCGUUUGCCGCUGUCAAGGGUGGUCCUCAGGUCAUUGUUACCACUGGUUUCGAUAUGUACGAAACCUUCGAAGGUUCGAUCCGUUGGUACAACUCAACUACCGGUCGUGUCCUCAAGGGAUUCUCGCUCUACAUCUCAGUGUCAUCGAAGGCUCCAACCUUUGGAAAGUCCAACGGUCUCGGAGACAUCACUGCCAUCUACGAUAGCUCCAUGGACCAAACUCAAGUCGGUAGAAUCUGGUGGGAUACCAAUCUCAACGGUAUUCAAGAUGCUAACGAGCCAGGUAUUGCCAACAUGACAUCCUACUUGAUGGUGCCAACCUCCAACAAUCCAGUUGCCAUUGUGAGCACCGACAACAACGGUUACUCUAUCUACCGUGUCCAACCGAACACUCAAUACGUUUGUCUUAUCCCAGCUUCUGAACUCGCCAAGCUCGGUCCAAUUGCAAUUUCACCAAAGAAUGUCGAUCCAUCCAAGAACGGUCCAUACAAGGACAGCGAUGGUCAAUUGGUCAACGGUAAUCUCCUUGCAGUCUUCAAAUCACCAAGCUACGGUGGUUACUAUUUCGACAAUUGCCACUUUGGUAUCUACUCAAAGAAUGCUCCAGUAUACCCAAAGUAA